AUGGACGCCAAUUUCAAUGCGAAAAUAUUGAACUUUCGGAUGGUUGACGAAGGAAAAUAUACAGUCAGUGUUAGAUUUUUACAUUUUAAUUAAUUAAUUAAUUCGUUUAUUCAUCGCCAAAAACCGGUAAAAGAAGGGAACACCAGAAGGAAAUAUGGAUGUAAUAUGAAUAGGAAAGGAAGGAACCAACCCCGCAAGAGGAGGGUGCCCUUAGUAGCGGGUACAGAAUAGUGCGACAUUACUAGUGGAGUUAAUAUUUGACAAUAGAAUCAUCUACGAGUGAUUGAAAUUGAGUGGGGGAUAGGGACAUUUGUGAACAACAUUGUGAAUCUGAAUGUACCUUUCAGGUGUACCGUAUUCAAUUGACUGUGGACACGUAUACGUGGACAAUCGAGAGGAGAUACAGUGACUUCGACGCCUACGACGUCCAAAGAUUCACGGAUCGGAAGAAGUCAUUCUUACCGCCGAAAAAGCGGCUUGGUAACAAGGACCUCGAGUUCAUAGAAGAACGGCGGAUGGAACUGGAGAAGUACGUUCGGGCUCUGCUCGAGUUGGAAGUCUGGUACCAGAAGCAGAAGAAUGUGCAUUCCCUGCCGCUUCUGUCCGCGAAAUUCUUCGAUUUCCAUCAAUACGUAAGUCGUAUUUUCUUCUCAGCACUGAAUAAUUUUUAUUGAGACCAAAAUCAAAUGUUUCACAUAA